AUGGAGAAGGCUAAGGAUGUCAUUGAGGCCACAGAAAGGGAACAAUAUUUGAAGUUAAGGACUUACUUGAAUGAGCUCCGUAAGGCCAACCCAGGAUCCACUUGCUGUAUGAGCACAACCCCACAACAAGAAAGGUUGCCUAAGUUUAGAAGUCUUUACAUCUGUCUAGAUGCCUGCAAACGGGGAUUCAAGCAAGGAUGUAAGCCUUUCCUAUGCCUUGAUGGAGCAUUUUUGAAGGGUUAUUUUGGGGGGCAGCUGCUGACAGUCGUUGCUCAGGAUGCCAACAAUCAUCUAUUCCCAGUUGCAUAUGGAGUAGUUGAUGCAGAAACAAAGAAUAAUUGGAAAGAAUUUCUAGAGUAUUUGUUGGAGGAUAUCGGAGAUCACAGGCAAUUUGAUUGGCACUUUAUGUCUGACAAACAGAAGGGGCUGAUUCCUGCUCUACAAGAAGUUAUGCCAGGGGUUAAUCACAGGUUUUGUACUAUGCAUAUGUGGAGGAAUUUCAACAAGCGCUGGAAAGACCUAGAGCUUAAACAGUUGCUAUUUCAAUGUGCAAGGGCAUUGACUGACCAGGAAUUUAAUGAAGGUAUGGAUGCUAUCAAGAGAAUUAAUACUUCUGCAUGGAAAUAUCUGUCGAAGUAUGAGCAAGAAACUUGGUCAAGAUCAAGAUUCUCUACUUGGCCUAAAGUGGAUAACAUAACCAAUAACAACGCUGAGUCACUUAAUGCAACCAUGGUGGGGCUAAGAGGCAAGAGCAUCAUUAUCAUGCUAGAGGAGAUUAGAUAUUACCUCAUGAAGACUAUGGCAACACAUAAAGAUGCACUAAUGGCCUACACGGGAAAAUUGGCUCCUAUCCAAAUGAGCAGAUUGGAGAAGGAAAAGAAGGAAGGAAAUUACUGGGAAGCUCAAUGGGUGGGAGACGAUGACCACAAUGUCUUUGAAGUUAGAAGGCAUGGUCGAAUAGUUCGAGUCAACACUGAGGACAGGACUUGCACUUGUAGAAAGUGGCAACUGACAGGUCUGCCGUGCUGUCAUGGAGUUGCUGCAAUUCAAAGAAAAAAUCAUCGACCAGAGGAUUAUACCCACCAUUGGCUGACCAUGGAGGCAUACAACAGAACAUAUCAAUUUCACAUCAACACUGUCCCUAGUCAAGAGUUUUGGGCUGAUGCAGAGGGCCUGCCGUGUCUCCCUCCACCUUAUAAGAGGCCAAUAGAAAGGCCUACAAAGAAGAGAGCACGACAUGAAUCAGAGAGUCAUAGUGGGAGCCAGUACAAACUCAAGAGGAGCUAUGGAAAAACAAGCUGUAAAUAUUGCAAAAAGGUGGGACACAACUCCAGGACCUGUCUGGAUAAGAAUCAUGUUGCACAUGGGGAAGAUGCAGAUGCACAAGAAGCACCUCAAGGAGGUCAGCCAGUAACAGGAGGAGUUGUGCCACCCAGGGGCUUACAAGACAUGUCAGACUCAGAGCAGGAGAUGUAUUGA